CACUAUAUUACUAUAUUUUUGUGUCUUGUGAGAAAAACUUAACAACAAAAAAAAUGAGUUUUUGGUGUUCAAUUGCGGUUUGGUUACUUUUAAUAGGAAGUUCUAGUUUGGUGGAAAGCAAAUGUGCAUUUGAGGCUAUCUUUAACUUUGGAGACUCCAACACUGAUACAGGUGGAUUUUGUGCAGCAUUUCCACCUCAAGGGUCUCCUUAUGGAAUGACUUAUUUCAAAAGACCAGUAGGACGACCAACUGAUGGCAGGGUUAUCGUUGAUUUUCUUGCUCAAGCAUUUGGUUUGCCAUUUGUGAGUCCAUAUUUGCAAUCAAUUGGAUCUGAUUUCAAACAUGGUGCCAACUUUGCAACAUCUGCAUCCACAGUGCUCAUGCCACAAACAUCAUUGUUUGUAUCAGGCGUUAGCCCCUUCUAUCUUGAUGUUCAGCUACAACAGUUCAAGGAAUUUAAGGUCAAAGUCGAUGCACUUCAGAAUAAAGGGAAUACUAAUCUGCCUCCCUCAGACAUAUUUGGGAAGUCACUUUAUACAUUCUACAUAGGUCAGAAUGAUUUCACUGGCAAUUUGGCAAGUCAAGGAAUAGGUGGAGUGAAGCAGUACUUACCUCAAGUAGUUUCCAAAAUUACUAGCACCAUCAAGGAAAUCCAUGGAUUAGGGGGGAGAACAUUUUUCGUACUUAACCUUGCACCAAUUGGAUGCUACCCAAUGUUUCUGGUCCAGCUCUCUCACGAUAGUUCUGAUAUUGAUGAGUUUGGGUGCUUGAAAUCAUACGACAAUGCAGUGGUGGAAUAUAACAAUAUGCUUAAAGAAGCAUUGGCACAAACCAGAAAAGAACUUUCAGAUGCAAAUGUUGUUUAUGUGGAUACUCAUUCUGUGCUCCUGGAGCUUUUCCAACACCCCACUUCUCACGGGUUAAAAUAUGGAACCAGAGCAUGUUGUGGACAUGGAGGAGGUUCUUACAACUUCAACCAGCAGGUAUUAUGCGGAAAUACCAAAGAGAUAGAUGGACAAACAUUGUCAGCCACAGCUUGUGAGGAUCCAUACAAUUAUGUAAGCUGGGAUGGGAUACAUGCCACUGACGCAGCAAACAAACAAAUUGCAUCUGCCAUUCUCAGUGAUUCUCAUUUUGAUCCUCCAUUUUCACUACAUAAAUUAUGUGAUAUUCAGCGAAUCGGUUGAUACAUGGAGAAAAUGAGCCGUGGGUUAUUAUUACUAGGGAAGAUGAAUAAAAGAAAGUGAUGUUUCUAUGA